AUGGGCUUGAGAAGCGCUGUGCGGUGCUUUCAGUGCACUGCAGCUGCCUGGGGUCAAGGUCCCCGGGCCUGGGGGCAGCAGCACCCCUUCAAUUCGCAGCAGCAUGCGGCGCAAAAGUACUUGGACCUGUUGUUAGCGCGGCUGUGUCCCAAAACCCUCAGCAGCGCAGGCGUCGGCGGCGCACCGCUCGCCGCCGCCGCCGGCAUGGGCAGGGCCGCCUUCGCCACAUUCACGCCGUCGCGCCUUUACCCGAAGGCCUUCAAAUACACCACCGAGGACGCCGCGUUUUGGGGCAUCAUCGGCGCAAACGUGCUCGCCGCGCUGGCGUGCAAGGCGGAGGCGCCUUGGGCUCGUGAGUUUGUAAUGCGGCACAUGCGCACGUCGGUCGAAGCGCUGGUGGACGGGCGGUAUCACACACUGGUCACGUGUGUGGUGUCACACUACAGCCUAAUUCACAUGGCCAUCAACCUGGCGAUGCUGGCGGUGUUCCGCAGAACGCAGCCGCUCGCCGCGGGCAAGCUGCUCGAGCUCUACGCGCUCGGCGGCGUCGCCGGCGCCGCCGGCCAUGCCGCGUACUGCUGGUGGGACGCCGGCGGCCUGCGCUUCGGCACACAGUAUGCGCUCAACACGCCCUCUUUCUUUGGGUGCUCGGGCGGCGUGGCGGCGGUGACGGCCUACAAGGCCGUGCUGGAGCCGGCGGCGCUGCGGAUGGUGGGGGGCAUCAUACCGCUGCCAAUCCUGUUUGCACUGCCGCUGUACUGCGCAAUGGAGGUCAAGGAGGCGGAGUACUGCGAUGGGUACCCCGCAAAGCUGAGCGGCGCGGCGGUGGGUGCGGCCAUGGCGAUCCUGACACUCUUGACCCGCGGGCGUGCGAGGCCGGCGGGGCCUGGGUAG